AUGCCAGAGAGCACGCCGCACCAGGCUUUCAAGGUGGCGGCAGCAGCCAAGAUCAGUGCUGCCAAAUCAUUGGCUCGCAAGCUGUCAGAGGAGCAGAAGGCUGCCGCGGCCGCUGCCAGGGCCGGUACCCAGAGGAACGCCAACCCGGGCAAAGCCAAGGAGCUGGCGGAGCUGACCAAGGCGCAGGCCACCGAUCUGGCAAAGCAGGCUGCCCAAGCCGAUUCCCUGGCGAGGGCUGCAAGAAAGGCAGAACAGGGGGAGCCCCAUGUCCUGGAGCUCCAGAGGCUCAAGACCGAGAACGAAGCCCUCCAGCGGCUGGUGCUCCAGCUGGCAUCCAACAAGGCGGAUGCCGAGCGCCGCCUGGCUGCAGUCAAGGACAAGUUCUCCCUCGGCGUAGCGGGCGAUUCCAUGGACAGCUCUGCCUCCGCAGACGCCAGCAAGGCGUCUCGGACGAAGUCCAAGGGUGAGGAAGCGUCGCCGCCCAGCCUGUCCACCGCCGAGAUCCAGCGGCUGGCCAGCGCCGCCUCGGCGGCAGGGAACCGGACCUUUUCCGUGCCGGAGGGCCGGGUGGCGGUGGGCACCACCAUCAGGCUGUAUUACGACCGCGCCGCGGGACCCCUGCCCGCGGCCGAAGCCCGCCCCACCAUCAAGGUGGGCUGGAACGGGUGGGAGACGCAGCAGACGCUGCCCCUGCGCCGUGUGGCCAGCCUGGAGGCGGGCGAGUGGUGGUGCGCGGAUCUGGGCAUCCCCGACCUCCUCACCCGCGCCGAGUUUGUGGUGUUCGACGAGGCCGGCGGGGUUCACGACAACAACAGCGGCAGCAACUUUGUGCUGGAGCUGGAGGGCGCGGUCUCCGAGCAGCAGCUGCACGUGCGCCGCCUGGAGCUGUUCGAGGCCGCGGAGGCGGCGCGGCGCCGCGAGCUGGAGGCCGAGGAGGGUCGCCUGCACCAGGAGAGCAUGGUGGCCGCGCAGGCGGCGUCCAAGGCCGCCCGCACCGCCUUCCGCGUGCGCAAGGAGCGCGCCGCACACCGAGCCGCGGCGCUGGCGGUGGCGCGGCGCAGGCGGGGGCUGGAGGACCUGACCGCCGCGCCGCAGCGGGAGGGGGUGUACGCCUGGCUGGGGGGCGAGCCGCGGGCGGGGGCCCACGCGACCCUGGCCUACAACCUGCGGGCGGGGCCGCUGAGGGGGCGGGACUCCGCCCAGGCGGUGAUCGGCUUCGACAACUGGCACCUCAAGGGCAAGACCGUGGUCAAGCUGGAGCCACUGAGCGACGCCCAGGUCAGGAGGCACGGGCUCAGCUCCGGCACCUGGGUCGCGGCCACGGUGGAGCUGGACGAGGUGGCGCUGGUGGUGGACUUUGUGUUCUGCGACGAGCGGCGCGAGGCGUGGGACAACAACGAGCGCCGCGACUACCACACCGCGCUGGCCGGCGCGAUGGCCGACGCCGAGCUGGCGGCGCGGCUGGCGCGCGCCGCGCUGGAGCGCGACGCCGACGCCGCGGCGCGGCAGGAGGACCUGGCGGCCAAGCGCGCUCUGGAGAAGGCGGAGAUCAAGUACGAGGCGGCCAAGGCGCGGCGCGCGGCGCAGGCCGCCUUCCUGUACACCCGCCCCACCACGCCGCGUGCGGGCGAGGCGGUGGAGCUGCUGUACAACCCCGACCUCACCACCCUGCGCGGCCGGCCAGAGGUGUGGGUGCGUGGCGGGUUCAACCGCUGGACCGCGGGCAACUUCCCGCCCCAGGCCAUGCGGGCCACGGGCGUGGGCGGCUUCCACGCCACCACCAUCCAGGUGCCGCGCGCCGCGCACGUCCUGGACCUGGUCUUCCUGGACUCGGGCGACGCGCACGGCGGCUUCACCGACGACAACCGCGGCCUGGACUACCACCUGCCCGUGGCGGGGGGGCAGGGGGCGCUGGACCCGCUGCGCGUCGUGCAUGUCGCGGCGGAGAUGGCGCCCAUCGCCAAGGAGGGCGGCCUGGGCGACGUGGUGACCGCGCUGGGGCGGGCGGUGCAGGAGGAGGGGCACGAGGUGGAGAUCGUGCUGCCCAAGUACGACUGCAUCAACUACGACCUGGACCUGAAGCUGGUGAAGGAGUUUUGGUACAAUGGCGUGGAGAUCAAGGUCUGGAAGGGCAUCGUAGAAGACCUGCACACCACCUUCCUGGAGCCGUGCAACGGCAUGUUCUGGGUCGGCCGCAUCUACACCGAGAUGAACGCCGACCGGCACCGGUUCGGGGUCUGGUGUGAGGCCGCGCUGGAGUACCUGCGCCACCACGCCGAGAAGCGCAUCCCGGACAUCCUGCACGCCCACGACUGGCAGUCCGCACCCUGCACCUGGCUGGACUGCGGUACCGCCCGCACCGCCUUCACCAUCCACAACCUGAACUACGGCGCUGACCUCAUCGAGCGCGCCAUGGGCGCGACGGCCGUCGCGACGACGGUGUCGCCCACGUAUGCGCAGGAGGUGUCGGGGCACCCCGCCGUCGCGCCCAACCACGCCAAGUUCCACGGCAUCCGCAACGGGAUCGACCCCGAGAUUUGGGACCCGGCGGAGGACGAGUUCCUGCCGCGCAGCUACAGCGCCGACACCUUCACGGAGGGCAAAGCGGCGGCCAAGGCGGAGCUCCGCGCCAAGAUGAACCUGUGCGAGGCGGACGUGCCGCUGGUGGGCGUGGUCACGCGCCUGACUCACCAGAAGGGCGUGCACCUGAUCAAGCACGCGGCCUGGCGCACCCUGGAGCGAGGCGGCCAGUUUGUGCUGCUGGGCUCCGCGCCCGACGCGCGCGUGCAGGCCGAGUUCAACGCGCUGGCCGCUGACCUGGCGCGGCAGUACCCCGAUCGUGCGCGCCUGUGGUUUGCGUACAAUGAGCCGCUGAGCCACCUGAUCUACGCAGGGGCGGACAUGCUGCUGGUGCCCUCCAUGUUCGAGCCCUGCGGGCUCACACAGAUGAUUGCCAUGCGGUAUGGAACCAUCCCCGUGGUCCGAAAGACCGGCGGAUUGAAUGACACCGUGUUUGACGUGGAUCACGAUGUAGAAAGGGCCGCUGCUGCGGGCAUGGCGGUCAAUGGCUUCUCCUUCGAGGGCACCGACGGCCCCGGCAUCGAUUAUGCGCUCAACAGAGCGCUGACCGCAUGGUACAGCGAGAGAGCGUGGUGGCAGGAGAUGACGGAGCGGGUCAUGCGCAUGGACUGGUCCUGGGCCAAACCCGCGCUGGAGUACAUCGAGCUGUACUACAAGGCCCUGCGCCGUUGA